ACGACAAGAGCGUCGUGUGUACAGUAGCAUGACGACGUCGUUGUCGAUCGAGUCGUCGUUCGAAAUGGACGAAAGCAGCAACCAAGACGUGGUGGUCGCAGGCGUCACUUCCCCGAUCAAGAAGUCGUUUGUGAGUAAAAUUCCACGGCGGAGUGUCAAGUUGAAUCUGUCAAAUGCAGCCCCAGCUAGUGCCAGUACCACCAACAACCAGCACGAGAGUACUACUCCUCCCAAGAUUGUGGUCGACGUCAAACUGGACAAGAACCAGCAAUUUAUCAAGGACUUGGAAGAUAAGAAACGAAAGGCACGGGAAGACGACCAAGCCAAAGCGGACAAGCAGCGGCGGUUGCGCUUGAAAUUGCGCAAGAGCAUCCUCCAACGAGCCGCGUCGAUCCGCCCAACGGAUGUUGGCGGCGGGGCGGAUGAUGUCGAGUCGUCCCAACCUCAGGACGAAGCCGCCGAAGCUCCGGAGGAGGCGGUGACUGACGACGAACGCAGAGCCAAGGCGGGAGCGCAAAAGAAAUUGCUUCAAAAACAACAAGCGUUGCUGGAGGGCUUAAAAGCCAAGCGCGAAAAAGAUGCCGAGGACGCCGAGAUGGAGCGACAGAAAGCACUCAAGAAAAAGGAACUCACCCGCAAAGCUUCGUUGGGAACAACGGAAGUGCCAAGUCGCAUGCAAGAAGCGCUGGAAAAGUUCAACCAGGCGGCGGCGGCGGCGGGGAGUGCCGUGAGUGCCGUGCGUGUGAAGAAGGAGGAAAAGGACGACGCUUCCAGCUUGACACCCGAGGAAAGAGAAAAGCGCGCAUUGCAACAAGAAGCUAUCAAGAAGAAACAGGUCGAGUAUUUGCAGAAACUUGCUGACGAACGCAAGCAACGACAAGUCGACGACGACGAAAAGAACGAACUCGUGCGGCAAAAACGCGCCAAAGUUCGAGAGGAGGCCCUUCUCAAGCAUGAAGCAGCUAAAGCGGAAAAGUUGGCAGCGGCUGCGGCGGACGAAUCGACGAGUUCACAGGUCGUCGAAGUGGAGGAAGCCAAGCCCAAAGUCAACGUCGAAGCGAUGGUGUCCCGAUUAAGCAAACUCAAAACGAGCGAGGCGCAGUUGGUGCCCGAAGCCAAAGACUUUACAUCGUGGAAGAAGCGCAACGGCGUGGCCCUCGACACCAAGGUAUUUUGCUUGACGGGGUGGUACCCUGUGAUCAAGGAAACGUUGGAAAAGCGAGGGUGGCACCACAACCCUGACCGGAACUCGCCAUAUUUCGACUUGAAAUGGGCGCUCAAGUCGGACGAUCUCAAAUCUGUCAAGCUCAAUGAUGAUCAGCUGGUGAACCAUUUUCUACAAAACACGGCCAUCACAACCAAGUCAGGACUGCUGCACAACCUCCGCAACGUUACGUGGUUCCUCAGUGAAGAUAUCGACUCGUUCUUUCCUCGGGCGUACGACCUGAACGAACCCACCGACAUGCAGUCUUACAUUCAAGACUUUCGGUACAUUCAUGCCGAAGGAAUGCUCAAACGUCUGGGGGACAAGUGCCGAAAUGCCAACGCGAUGCCUCAUGUGAACGCCGGCGUGCUGGACGUGCUGCUGUCCGUGUGUCGAAAGCGCCAAGAAAUUCUCCCCGAUGAUAUUUUGGACAACCCGCUGGCCUGCGGAAUCGAACCAGUGGUAACCGACCUGCAGUGGGAAGUCCUCCAGCGGAGUCCCCUCGAUGCCCCGGGGUCGAUCCGGGCAUCAUUUGGGUUUACGAAACCCUCGACGGCCACGUCUUGGACUACUGAAACAAGUGACCAACCGCCUCCUCAUAUGACCCCCAGCGAAGUGAAAGAGGAAGCGAAGGCUGCCAAGCGACUGGAGCGGCUCAUGGAGGCGGCAUUUGUCCAAGAAAAGACCCGGUUGAAUGGCCUAUUGAGUCAAGUUGUACCGUUGUCGACUGAUACUGCCACCAAAGUGCUCGAGUUACUCGCAGGCUUGGAGGAGCUGUGUCCGCAGUUCCACUUGAACGGCGGGGUCGACAGCAAGAAUGUUUGGAUUGUCAAACCAGCAGGCAUGUCCCGCGGUCGAGGGAUUCGAGUAUUCAACCAACUGCACGAGUUGUUGGAGUAUGCGGACGUGGAGAACCAUAAAGAAUGCCAGUGGAUUGUGCAAAAGUACAUUGAAAAUCCACUUUUGGUGUGCAACCGCAAGUUUGACAUUCGCCAGUGGGUGUUUGUCACGUCGUGGAACCCGCUCACGGUGUGGUUUUACUUGGACUGCUAUCUUCGCUUCAGCUCGGAAGAGUACCAGGUCGACGAUUUGAGCGACCAAUACGUGCACUUGACAAACAAUUCGAUUCAAAAGAACGGCGAAAACUUUUACCGGGCGUAUACGACAGAAGAUGGCUCGAUGACCGUGGAAGGCAACAUGUGGCACUCGGAUGAGCUGACGGAGCACCUGACGAGGAAGUACGGCGUCGAUCCUGACACGAACCAGAGCCUCUUUACGUCCAAGAUCCAACCGCGGAUGAAGGAGAUCGUCAAGUGGUCGCUGAGUUGCGUGCAGGACACAGUGCAGCAUCGCAAAAACUCAUGCGAACUGUAUGGGUAUGACUUUAUGUUGGACGACAAGUUGAAGCCGUGGCUGAUUGAAGUCAACAGCAGCCCCGCGUGCGACUACUCGACGGCAGUCACGAAGCGGUACAUUCAAACGGGGUUGGAAGACAUUUUGAAGGUCAUGCUCGACGUCCGAGAGUACGACGCUGCGAAGCGGAAGAACAACCAGACCAAGAUGCCCAAGCCCGAUACGGGUCGUUGGGAGAACAUCCACAAGGCAGAAUACAUCGCCAAACCCAUGUCGUCGUUUGGUGGGAUGGAUUUCGAGAUCAAAGGCAAGAAACUGUCCAAGAAGAGUCAACGGGCCAUCAACCAAGCAUGUGCUGCCCCUGCCACACCGACGCGCCGACACGGUGCAGACGUGAACGCACCACUGUCCGUUCUAGACGAAGGAACGCCGCAAGACGAGGAUGACGAACGGGAUGGUGGAAACACGAUGAUUGGUGCAUCGAGUGAAGGCGGUAUGCUGCGUUCGACGAGCGACAACACGGUGGUGUGCCAACACCACCGUGUUGUGGGUAACGACGACGCCAAGAACAACGACAAAGACGACGAGAAGCUGGAUGGCGGUGACGGUAGCGGCUCGCGGCAGUCGCCAUCUGUGGGGCUGCCGCCAGACCUGGACGAGUUGUUGUAAUAAUUCACAUGAAAUGUAAAGAAUUGAGUUGACCUUG